AUGGUCAGAGGGUCCGGAGGCGCCCCCGCCCCCGCCCCUCGCCCCCGUCUGCCAGCCCCGCCGCCAGAGGAUUGCAUCUGUCUUUUCAAGGAUUCAUCGCAUCCAGUGGAUUUUCUGGAUGCUUUCAGAACGUUUUACUUGGAUGGAUUAUUUACUGAUAUUACCCUUCAGUGUCCUUCAGGCAUAAUCUUCCAUUGUCACCGCGCUGUUUUAGCUGCUUGCAGCAACUACUUUAAGGCAAUAUCUACAGUUGACAUGAAAGAAAAAUUCAAAAGUAAAAUAAAACUCUCUGGCAUCCACCAUGACAUUCUGGAAGGCCUUGUAAAUUAUGCGCACGCCUCCCAAAUUGAAAUAACGAAGAGAAAUGUUCAGAGCCUGCUGGAAGCGGCGGAUCUGUUGCAGUUCCUCUCAGUAAAGAAGGCUUGCGAGCAGUUCUUGGUAAGGCACCUGGAUAUUGAUCAUUGUAUUGCAAUGCACUCCUUUGCAGAAUUCCAUGUGUGCCCAGAACCAGAGAAGGAAUCACGAAGAAUUCUGUGUUCGAGGUUUAAGGACGUAUGGCAGCAAGAGGAAUUUCUGGAAACCAGUCUUGAGAAGUUUCUUUCUAUCUUGUCCAGAAAGAAUCUCAGUGUGUGGAAAGAAGAAGCUAUCAUAGAGCCCGUGAUUAAAUGGACUCCCCAUGAUGUAGAAAACCGAAUAGAGUGUCUAUAUAAUCUACUAAACUAUAUCAAUAUAGAUACAGAUCCGGUGUACCUUAAAACAGCUCUAGGCCUUCAAAGGAGGUGCCUCCUAACGGAAAAUAAAAUAUGAUCUCUCAUAUACAAUGCUCUGAAUCCUAUGCAUAAAGAGAUUUCCCAGAGGCCCACGGCCACCAUGUAUAUCAUAGGAGGCUAUUACUGGCAUCCUCUGUCAGAGGUUCACAUAUGGGACCCAUUGACAAAUGUUUGGAUUCAGGGAGCAGAAAUACCAGACUAUACUAGGGAGAGUUAUGGUGUUACCUGCUUGGGACCCAACAUUUAUGUUGGGGGAUACAGGACGGAUGACAUAGAAGCUCUAGACAUAGUGCGGAUCUGUAACAGUGAAAGCGACGAGUGGAUGGAAGGUCUGCCAAUUCUCAAUGCCAGGUAUUACCACUGUGCAGUCACCCUGGGCGGCUGUGUUUAUGCUUUAGGCGGUUACCGUAAGGGCGCCCCAGCAGAGGAGGCCGAGAUCUAUGAUCCAUUAAAGGAGAAAUGGAUUCCUAUGGCAAACAUGAUUAAAGGUGUGGGAAAUGCGACCGCCUGUGUCUUACAUGAAAUCAUCUACGUCAUUGGCGGGCACUGCGGCUACCGAGGAAGCUACACCUACGACAAGGUGCAGAGCUACAAUUCAGAUAUCAAUGAGUGGACUCUCAUCACCUCCAGUCCGCAUCCAGAAUACGGAUUGUAUUCAGUUCCGUUUGAAAACAAGCUGUAUUUAGCUGGCGGGCAGACUACCAUCACCGAAUGCUACGACCCUGAACAGAACGAGUGGAGAGAAAUCGCGCCCAUGAUGGAGAGGAGGAUGGAGUGUGGCGCCUUCAUCUCGAAUGGCUGUAUUUAUAUCACUGGAGGAUAUUCCUACUCAAAGGGAACGUACCUUCAGAGCAUUGAGAAAUACAACCCAGACCUUAAUAAGUGGGAAAUUGUGGGUAAUCUUCCAAGUGCCAUGCGCUCCCAUGGCUGUGUGUGUGUGUACAGCGUCUGA